GCCCCCCCUCGCCGCGAGGCGGGGCCAAGGGGCCCGCGCCGCCCCCCCGGCGCCGCGAGCCGCCGAAGUGGCGAGGCCCCGCGGCGUCCAAGGAGUGGAAGACGGACAGGGUCAUCUCGUGGACCCCGAUCCGGCAGGCCAGCCGGCUGGAGGCCUCGGUGUGGAGGGGCGUGUCGCUGUCGGAGGCGGCGCCCGAGGUGCCGGACGGUCUCGUGGACGGCCUGAACGCUGCGUUCAUGUCCAAGGCGUCCGCGGAGGCCGCGCCGAGGCGCCCGACGCUCUUCUCGCGGCAGUCCGCCCCGCGGCUGCUCUCCCGGCGGCAGGCCCUGCAGGCCGACAUCCUUCACGCGAAGCUCGCGCGCUGCGGCAUCCAGAAUCCAGCGCAGCUGGCCUGGAUCACCAACGCAGGAGAGCUGCCCGCGACCGCCCAGGACGAGCAGAGUGCGGCCCGGGCGUACGUCCGGAGGCGCGUGCGGUUGUGCGCACUGCGGCGGUGGCGGUGCGGCACGCGGCCGCUCUCCGGGGACGUUCUAGAGGCGCUGCUGGGGCUGCUGGGGCUGCUGGAGGA